GUUGCGCCAUGGGAUGUCGACUGGGGUCUUGAUGACUGAGAAUCAGAACAGUUCUGUAUUCGUCAUUCGUUACAAAUAUUGCAAUUAGUAAAUCUGACUAAUAUCUCUAAUUCUCUCAGCUCGCGCCUCACCGCUAUCCUCCGGUAACGGCUCGUCGGCAUGGGAUAUUCGACGGGGUAAUCGCACAAUUUCGCUUUACAAAUGCGCGAUCAAAGGUUCAGAUUAUAUAUAUGGAGUGCUUUGCCAUCUUAAAUUAUGAAACAAAUAAUCCAUAGUCCAUCACUUGUUCAGUACUCAAGUUUUUCACCUCACGCUACCAAUACACAUCCUUCAAAAUGCCUACCUCCCUCUACGACCUCAUCAUCCCCACCUUCAUUAAGGGCCUCCAAACCUUUGAUCACGUCCUCACAAAGGCCGAACAAUACGCCAAAGAAAAGGGAUUCAACGCCGAUGAAGUCUUCCCUCAAGCUAAGCUCGUUGACGAUCAACUUCCUCUCGUCUUUCAGGUCCAGAAUGCCACAAAGGCUGUGCAAGUGACCAUUGGCCGUUUAACAGGCGUUGAGCCCACAUUUUUCGAGGACAAUGAAAAGACCAUCGCAGACUUGCAUGCUCGAAUCCAAAAGGCUCUUGACGCUGUGAAGAGUGUCAAGCCCGAGGAUGUCAACUCAAGAGAGGAUGAGAAAGUGGAGCUCCCCCGACCCGACAAGACCCUUCAUCUUACCGUCAAGGAGGCUACACUUUACCAUGGACAGACAAACUUCUUCUUCCACAUCGUCACUGGCUACUCUAUCUUGCGUGCAAAGGGCGUACCUAUUGGUAAGGGGGAUUAUCUUGGAAACUUUCUUGCCCACCUUAUGCAAAGUUACAACCUCAUGCGCGCAGAUGUAUCAGCAGCAACAUCCGGGACACAGAAUAUUUCUUAUGAGGUGAACUGGCCAUUUCUUCGGCAGCGCAUUGAUCGCCGUGUACAACCUUCACACUCGUGGGGAUGGGCAUCUCCUCAAUUGCAGCCUAUGGAGUUCUCUCUCGUGGUUCACGCUGGCGAGGAUGGCUUUGCUUGUUUUGUUAAGGGGAAUAACGAAGUCUUUCUCCCUCGGAACUCCGCGUCUGGCUAUGCAGAUGCUGCAUUGGCUCAUAAUUUUGUUACUGAGGCCCUUAUGAUGUCUCCUGGUCUUAUUCGAUACUCGAGAAGUUCGGAAGAACGUGAGGUUGAUAUCAACGGCAUCAAGUUUCCCGCUGUUUAUAGCAACCUUGACAACCUCCUCCUUAUCGUCGAUCCGGAGACAUAUCUACCAUAUAUCGUCCGCACAGAAGAACAACAUCCGAUCUAUGGAAAUGCUACAAAAGACGUGUAUCUUUCGAACUACAAAGAGGUCCAGGGAAUCAAAUUUCCCCACACUAUCCAGACCAUCUACAACUCAUCUAGCCAACGCCUCAGCGUGGUUCUCGAAGACUUUGUCAUUGAUAAAAUCAACGCUACGGCGGAUUUCCCUAAAGAUUUCUUCGGCCCUGUUCCUAAAGGUCAGAAGAAAAUCAUACAAAAGAAGACUCCCGGUGUUCCGAGUGGUCUUGUCACAGAUUACAGCACGAGUUUGCUGGGAUCACCUGUCAAGAAUGUCAGCGUUGAUGCUUUGAAAUCAGCAACACCUGUUAACCUUCCUCAAUUGCAUUGGCUUAUCAUCGAUGAUAGCCAUGAUCUUGGGUUCAAGCAGCUUAUUAUUGAGUUUGAGAAUGAGGUUAUUGUGUGCGAUGCGCCACCCUUCUGGAGUCCCGCUGUCAUGGAGUGGAUUAAGAAGAUUAUUGGGAAGAAGGUUACCUACGUCGCGCCUACACAUCAUCACCGAGAUCAUAGUGGAGGAGUAGCCGAUUACGUCCGUGCAGGCGCCAAGCUGAUCAUCCCUGAGAUGGCAGUAGAUUACUGGUCCAGCGUCCCAGGAGCUCAGUUCAUCACCUUCAAUCAAACACACCCUUACGUCCACCGCGACAAUAAGAUCCAGGCAUGGUUCAACUGGGCUGAUCAAGCUCCUCAUGCAGCUGACUGGACUUAUGUGAUGGUUACAGAGCGAUGUCCUAACAAAAGCUCACCCAUCUUUGUCUUUGAGGCUGAUACUUGGGAGGCUGGGCUGGAAGUCGAUUUGGGUAAUCAGCAGCAGAUGAGGCAGUGGUUGGAUCAGAUUUUGGAUGAUGGUCUUCCCAGAUCUACGACGUGA